AUGUCAUCGGCAGUGGUAACUUUCAAGCCACUCUCCGGUGCUGGGGCAUCCUCGGAAGACUCUGCACGGGAUCGAGAGUUGAAAGAGAGCGGAACUGGAGAAAAACAGAAAUUAGGACACAGAAGAAUAGAUGAGCAGGGAGAAGUCAGUUACAAAAAAGUUCCAACAAAUGCUUUAAUGAGCGCUAUCCAACUAGGAAUUGCUAAUUCAAUAGGCAGUUUAGCUUCAUUGCCUAAUAGAGAUCUUUUGCUACAAGAUUUUCAAAAAAUCGAAACUGUUACUUUUCCUGCACAAGGCUCCACUGUUACACCUUCUCAUUCAUUCGGAGAUUUUCGCUUCAAAACCUAUGCUCCUAUAGCUUUCAGAUAUUUCCGAGAAUUAUUCCAUAUUAAACCUGCAGAUUUUUUGCGUUCUAUAUGUACGGAGCCUUUACGAGAAUUAUCGAAUGCUGGAGCUUCCGGUUCUAUAUUCUAUGUCUCUCAGGAUGAUCAGUUCAUUAUCAAGACAGUACAGCAUAAAGAGGCAGAGUUUUUACAAAAACUACUCCCCGGUUAUUAUAUGAAUCUCAACCAGAACCCCCGCACACUACUUCCUAAAUUUUUUGGAUUGUUUUGUUAUCAGAGUUUGGGAAAAAAUAUCAGACUUCUUGUAAUGAACAAUUUGCUGCCUCAAGCACUUGUUAUGCAUGAAAAGUAUGAUUUGAAAGGGUCCACAUAUAAACGAGCAGCUUCCAAAAAUGAAAGAGCUAAGACCUAUCCAACAUUAAAAGACCUCGAUUUUUUGGAAAAUCAUAAAGAUGGACUGUUUGUUGAUCCAGUUGCACUUGAUGCUUUAAUGAAAACGAUUAGCAGAGAUUGCCUGGUUUUGGAAUCAUUCAAAAUCAUGGACUACUCUUUAUUAGUUGGUAUUCAUAAUAUGGAACAAGCUGCAAGUUCUCGACAACAACGUUUGGAAAGUGAGGGAGAUGAUGAAUUGGGAGCAGGUGAUGACCAGCCAAGUACAAGUAGAGACAACGAUAAGAAGGCACUCCCGAAUAAGUUCUCUGUAUGGGACAGUGAUGAGGGCACAAUUCCCCACGGUGGAGUUCCUGCAAGAAAUGAAAACGGCGAUCGAAUUAUAUUAUACUUAGGUAUAAUUGAUAUUCUUCAAAACUAUCGUCUUUUGAAGAAAAUGGAGCAUACAUGGAAGGCUAUUUUACACGAUGGGGAUUCUAUAUCUGUACAUAACCCGAGUUUUUAUGCUCAGAGAUUUUUAUCUUUUAUGUCUGAUCACAUUUUCAAGAAAGGAACAGCUGAUCGAAAGGCAAAUGCGAAAUUCCGAACCCUCGUCCACUCAUACCUCGCAUUGAAAUCGUCACCUUCUCGUCGCAGAACUCGAAAAAGUGUUGGGGACGAAGAAGCUCCAAUUUCCAGUCGCGAUGUCAAUCCGAUAAUGCCUCAAAAUAGUGUUGCUAGAGUGCCGCUACGACGUUCUUACCGUGCAGACACUAUCACAGGAGAAAAGAAAGAGAAAAAGACUGAGCGUUUGUUUGCAAGUUCCAAACCAGAAGAACGUGAACCUUUCCAAGAGGAGGAAGAGAUAACUCGUCUAUGA